AUGUCUUCUGCUCUUCUGCAAGCUGCUCCCGGCAAGAGAAUCGCCAUUCCUACCCGUAUCGAACCUAAGGUCUUUUUUGCCAAUGAACGUACUUUCCUCUCUUGGCUUAACUUUACCGUCAUCAUUGGCGGUCUUGCCAUUGGCCUUCUCAACUUUGGCGACCGCAUUGGCCGCAUCUCUGCCGCCCUUUUCACUCUUGUCGCAAUGACCACCAUGGUCUACGCUCUCGUCACUUACCACUGGCGUGCUGCUGCCAUUCGCCGCCGUGGUGCCGGUCCUUACGACGACCGUUUCGGUCCUACCAUGCUCUGCUUCUUCCUCUUGGCUGCUGUCAUUGUCAACUUCAUUCUUAGAAUGAGAGGUUAG